AUGGCCACGGAAACCGAACAAGCAAUCAGUAUACUAGAAAAUACAGCCCUACUAUUGAAGAAAACCCAGAUUAAUUUAUCAAAAUGCCCCAAACAACGACUGGCUAAAGUGGGCUAUUUACAAACGAGAAUUAAAACAAUUGAAGAAUACUGGAUGAUCUUCAAAGAAGCUCAUAAAAAAUUAUUGACCUGUACCACUCGUGAGGAGCGUGAAUUGCUGCCAUAUUUCGAGAAUGAGGAAUUUUUUGUACAAGAAGAUAUGUACUUGUGUAUGUUGGGAGACUUGACAGACAUGUUGGCGGCACUCGAGUCUGCCAAAGGUAAACAACCGCCGCCAGAAGAACUGCAAAAUAAGAAAGUUAACCUCCCGGCUAUACAUUUACCUCUGUUUUCGGGCGAGUACGAACUCUGGCCUAGUUUUAAAGAUUUGUUUUCAUCACUCAUUCACAACUGCACAACACUAAGCGACGUCGAAAAACUCAAUUACUUAAAAACCAGUGUGGCAGGUGAAGCAGCGACUUUAUUGAAGCACAUUCCAGUGACAAGCGCUAACUACAUUCAAGCAUGGGGAACGCUGAACCAUCGAUAUGGGAACAAGCGUCUAAUAGUGAACGCGUUGUUGAAGCGACUUUUUGCUCAGAAGAAAUGUACCAGCCAAGCCGCAACCCAAUUGAAAUAUCUACUCGACACCACCAACGAAGUAUUACAGAGUCUAGAAAAUCUGGAGGUGUCGACGGAUUCUUGGGAUCCAGUAAUCAUAUUUCUGGUUGCACAGAAGUUGGACCCUGAAUCCCAGAAGGAGUGGGAACAAAAUUCCUACUCAGAGAAUUCCCAGGACUUGUCGACCUGGAGGGAUCUGCGCAAGUUUUUGGAGGCAAAAUUCAGAACAUUGGAAUUAGUCAACCCCCCCACUACUACGAAGCUUGCCAAGGAACGAGUCCUUCACGUUACAGCAGCGGAAAGACCAAAGCAAAGAAGUUGUGCUUUAUGUACAGACGCGCACACGUUAUGCCAUUGUAACGUAUUCACCAAGAUGUCACCAAACGAACGGAGAGAACACGUCAAAACAAACAAGCUCUGUUUCAACUGCCUCGGGGUUGGACAUUCGGUGUUUAGGGCGGAAACAGACAAUUUCACUAUUAGCUACUGCAAUAGUAAUUUUAAAGAAUGA